AUGAACAAGAACACGCACCACUCGUGCAUCUCAAUAUCGCGAAGAAUACAACACCAUCAUCGCAGCUGCUCUCUACGCGCGAAGAAGAAGACGUACGAAUCUUCCGAAGAAGCUGCAGAGGAUUUAUUGUUUUAUAACGAAGAGGAUUUGCUGGAAGAAGACGAGGAAGGAGUUGAAUUGUUGGAGAAAACUCGAAAACUUUCAGCAGAGGAGUUGAUAAUUGAAGACCGCGAACUCGCCAUGCUCGGACUCGACGUCGACGGAGAGGACGCUGAUUAUGACGACGAGGAUGAUGACAUAGAUGGUCUCUUCAUUGAAGGAGAGGACGGCGAGUCCAUGGAUAUCGCCAGUUUCCUAAAAAAGAAUGGCAAAAUAGACUCGGAGAACGACUUUGAUUUUGAAGAAGACUUGAACUUUGACGUCAGCGAUGAAGAUUACGAUGAUGAUAAUGCUGAUGACGACGAGGAUGAUGAAGAGGAUGAUUUCGUGUUCAUACCGAAAGGCUCCGGAAUCGAAUUCAAAUCUGAGGAUUUGUACAACAUCGACUCCCCGACGAAUAAAGAUUUUGGUUUUCUCUCGGAGUAUGUAAAGACAAAACCAGGUUACGAAGAAGAUAUCGACGGGGAAGGCGAUGAAUCAAAUCGCACGACUAUUAAUACCGCAACGCGGUCUCCUCGAAAAUCUAGGAGCAAGAACGAUGUCUUCAUCCGCGACACUUCCAAGGACAAAGCUCCGAAAACCUCCGAAUUCGACGCCAAGAGCGAGGAAGAGGAUUAUCUCGCUUUUGGUGCCGACGACGACACUAAAACGAAAAAACGACUCGAUUUAGCGGCAAAAAAUGCGGCGUUAAUACAAAUGGGUGUCCCGAAAGCAUUGUUGGAGCAAAUUGAACGAGAGCAAGAACUUGUCGAUGCCGUCAACGAUAAGAAGAAGAAAAAGAACCUGGAUUCCUUUGGUGAAGAGAAAAAGACGCACAAACGAUUGCAGAUUGUGGCGGGACGACACUCAAGGCGCGUAGUUCUUACUCCAUCUGGGUUGAACACUCGGCCAAUGAUGGGCGUCGUCCGUGGGGCGACGUUUGAUAUGAUUCUAAGUCUCGUCGGGUCACGUUCAAACGUGCAAUUCCCAGAAAAUUCCAGAUGGUUAGAUUUGUUCGCCGGUACCGGCGCGAUUGGAUUAGAGGCGCUUUCGAGAGGAUGUGUAGACGCACAUUUCGUUGAGAUGGACGACUGGACGGUUAAAAAUGUCACGCGCGUAAAUAUAAAGACGUUAGGGGAAGAGAAGAACGCUACGGCGCACUGCGCUUCCGUGGAAACGUUCUUACAAAGACACUCCAAAAACACCUCUGGUGUCGGUGGAGCUUUCAAUUUCGUGUCGUUCUGUCCUCCAUACGAGAAAAUUUCAUAUCCGGACCUUCUUUUAGAAAUAGAUUCGUCGCCUUUGGUGAGUGACGAUGCCAUAGUCUUGGUUGAAUACGCCAUCGGGCAGCGAGAUGAAAUCAAAGCAUCGAUUGGUAACCGUCUGAGACGCGUUCGAAAUCGCCGCUACGGUCGAACGUUUGUCGCGCUUUACGUGUGCGAUGGGCGCGAGCUGGACGAUGACGUUGUCGAAGAACCAAAACUUCACGGCAAAGCCAUGAAGUAA